CUCAAUUUUGUUCCCGCAGCUUUUUUUUCUUUCUCAUCUUUGGGGAUUACAGCGGCGAUCGCGUGCCACCGCCAGCGGAUCGGCCAUGCAGCUGCGCAGUCUGUGGACGGCCGGCAGCGUCCUGGCGCUGUGCAGCUUGGCCGCGGGGAGCCCCGUGAGCAACGAGCCGCUGGCUGCGCCGCGCGUCUUUGUCUCCUUCAAAGAGCUGAGAUCUACGGGCACGGCUCGUGACUUUGCCUACCUCCUCAACACCUCCGAUUACCGCAUCUUGCGAAUGGACGAGGACUAUGACCGCAUGUACAUUGGUAGCAAGGAUCACGUCCUGUCUCUGGAUCUCCAUGACAUCAACAAGGACCCUCAUAUUAUUCACUGGCCAGUGUCUGAACGAAGAAAGACGGAAUGCCUCGCCAGCGGGAAAGACGCCAGCGAAGAGUGCGCCAACUUCAUCCGUCUCAUCGAGCCAUGGAAUAGGACGCAGCUGUACGUCUGUGGCACCGGCGCUUACAAUCCAGUCUGUACCUUUGUCAACCGGGGGCGCAAGUCGCAGAGCUCGGCGUAUCUACAGAUGGCGCAGGCCCGGGGGAGAGCGAACCGCGCCGCUGAAGCCGGCGCUGCGCAUGAGACGCUCGGACUGGAGGAAGACAUUUUCCAUCUGGAGCCCAACAAGGUGGAGUCCGGGAAAGGAAAGUGCUCCUACGACCCCAAGCUGGACAGCGUUUCGGCUCUAAUUAAUGGCGAACUCUACACCGGCGUCUACGUGGAUUUUAUGGGAACGGACUCGGCCAUUUUCCGCACUUUGGGGACAAAGAGCGCCAUGCGAACCGAUCAGUACAACUCCAGAUGGUUGAAUGAUCCCGCUUUCGUCCACGUGCACCUGAUCCCCGACAGCGCGGAGAGGAAUGACGACAAGCUGUAUUUCUUCUUCCGGGAGACGUCCUCGGAGAUGGGCCAGAGUCCCGUGACCCAGUCCCGCAUCGGACGCAUCUGCCUGAACGACGACGGCGGUCACUGCUGCCUGGUCAACAAGUGGAGCACCUUCCUGAAGGCCAGGCUCAUCUGCUCCGUGCCCGGCGCCGACGGGAUGGAGACGCACUUUGACGAACUCCGUGAUGUUUACAUCCAACCAACGCAGGACCCCAAGAAUCCCGUUAUAUACGCCGUCUUUACCGUCUCCGGGUUGGUCUUGCCGCUCGAUACGAAUGAGUGGAAUUCCGAUUCCCGCCGACAGAUCUGCCUUUUUCUGCGUUUCAACUCUCCUGAGAACGCGUUCUCUCCCCCCCCUCCCCGCAUCAGCUCUGUGUUCAAAGGUUCGGCCGUUUGCGUCUACUCCAUGGCUGACGUUCGCAUGGUCUUCAACGGGCCCUUUGCCCACAAGGAAGGUCCCACUUACCAGUGGGUGGCCUACACCGGGAAGAUCCCCUACCCCCGCCCGGGCACAUGCCCCGGGGGUACGUUCACCCCCAACACCAAGUCCACUAAGGACUACCCGGACGAAGUGAUCAACUUCAUGAGGACUCACCCGGCCAUGUACAAUUCGGUCUACCCGGCGCACAAGCGCCCCCUAGUGGUGCGCACCAACGCGGACUACGAGUUCACCACCGUGGCGGUGGACCAGGUGACCGCUGCGGACGGCAACUACGAAGUGCUCUUCUUGGGAACCGACAAGGGAACGGUUCAGAAAGUUAUCGUUCUUCCCAGAGAUGACCUGCAGACCGAGGAGCUGGUACUGGAGGAGGUUGAGGUGUUCACGGUCCCCACCCCGGUGACGACAAUGAAGGUGUCCUCUAAAAGGCAACAGCUGUACGUGUCAUCUGCGGUGGGGCUGACCCAGCUGGCGCUUCACCGCUGCGACGCUUACGGAGAAGCGUGCGCCGACUGCUGUCUGGCCAGAGACCCGUACUGCGCCUGGGACGGCAAGUCGUGCUCCCGUUACUCGGCUUCCCAGAAGAGGCGUAGCCGGAGACAGGACGUCAAGUACGGGAACCCCAUUCGCCAGUGUCGAGGCUUCAACUCCAACGCUAAUAAGAACACACUUGAGACGCUGCAGUACGGGGUGGAGGGAAGCGCGACCUUCCUGGAGUGUCAGGCCCGCUCCCCGCACGCCCUCAUCAAAUGGCAUCUGCAGCGAGAUCACAGCGAGCGCAGGAAGGAGAUGCGUUCCGACGGUCGGAUCUUCAAAAGCGAGCAAGGUCUGCUCCUGCGCUCUCUGCAUCCUUCGGACUCGGGCACGUACCAGUGCACCGCCACGGAAAAGAACUUCAAGCACACCCUGGUCAAGUUGCAGCUGGUGGUGCUGUCGAGCCGCGCCGUCAACAGCGCCCUGGCCGAAGGCGCCGGAGGUCCCCGGGCGUCUUGGCCGCACUCCGGCGCCCAGUGGAGCGGCGCGGGCCAGUACCGGGACCUGCUGACCAUUCUCAGCCAGCCGGAGAUGAGCCUCAUCAAUCAGUAUUGCCAGGACUACUGGCGCUCGGGAGAGCCCGCGCUCGCUGCCCUCAAGGUCAAAGAGUUCAAGGAACACAAGAAGCCUCGCAACCGCCGGCAUCACGGGGGGGCGGCCAAGGAAGAAGAGCGGGACGGCGUCCAGACAUGAGGAGAACGAAACCCAUCCCGCCCCCACUUUCCCCUCCCCAAUGAAAACUGCAAGAGACUCCUUGAGCGAAGCAACGGGAAAACGUAUACGCACGCCAGGAAAAGCCCCGACAUCCGUUGCUUCAAAGCUACUUCCGUAUUUAUUGUAGGUUGCAUCUAGUUGGCCCGUCAUUGUGUGCAUUUGAUUUGUACCGAAAAGAAAACGGGCCGGUCGUGUACAGGUAACCUCGGGGCAAAUGUCGUCGUCGUCGUCCUUCAAUAGAUUGUUGCCGUUAUUCGUCCGUCAUCUGACGUCGGAGAGAGUCAAGUGCCCUUGAGUGCGUCAGCGAGGAAGCGCUUUGCAAAAUGUCUGGCGGUGACGGCGUGGCUUAUGUUUCGCCGUGCCGGGACAUCCGCGGGACCAACGUGGACGCAUGUGCGCUGAGACGUCGGGGAGCGCGGACUUGAAAAAUGCUCCCGGUCGUUGAAGAGUUGAACAGUUGUGUCGCAUUCAAAUAUGCGCGCCGUUUCACUCAGCAGAUAUGAUCUGGUGUCGUUUUUGGUUUUAAAUCAAACCUGUUCUGCCGUGAGUCACGCCUGCUUGAUUCAAAUCCAAACUUCACAUCCUACCGAGUCCAAUCGAGUCAAGGUUUUGUCCAAAGGGGUGACAACUGGGGCCAAACGCCACCGGCGCACUUGCGGACGUCUGUGAAUACUCUCAAUGAAAUAGUUGAGGCUAGCAAUAGUUGCAUGAACCUUUUGCCUGUUUGGAAAGGACAUUUCCAUUGAGCGGUGUCACAAUGUCGUGGCGCUCGCCAAAUGUCGGGAAGCUGGCUUUCUUUCUGUGCAUGAAAAUGUAUCUUAUGCUGAAAAGUCCUGUUUGUAUGUGUGUGCUUGCUUUUUUUUUUCCUGUUCGCCACCAGAAGGAAUGAAUGGGAGCAUACGAGGACGCUUGCUUCAACGGUACGCCUGAUCAAACGGUCAAUGUGCGGCAACAAUAAAACAUUUUUGAACUGGACAUUUAAGACUUGACUUUCCCGUACGUGGACGGAGUCCGCCACCUGCGGCCAUUUAUUCGCGCUCUCUUUUUCGCGUGACAGUCAUUCAAAAAGGGAAGAAAAUGAGAUUUCAACUCUAGCCGUCGAUCACUCGUCAAUUUGGCAAGAGAAAAAGGGACCCCGCAGACCUCUGAAGAGGUGACGGCCGUACUUGCUACGCUUGCGUUUUGUACACGACGCUUGCAGAGAAAGAAAGUCGCCUGCCGGUUCUGCAUUCUGCAUUCACGUGAGGCCCUCGCUUUAUCGGACAGAGAAGGAAGUGCUUUGCUGCCACCGUGUGGCGUCUCUUGGUCACGACAAAGAUUUUUGUGUGAGCGACAAUUCCCGCUGGAGUUUUUGCUGCGAUGCAAAAUGUGUCUUAUUUAUUCGAUAUUGUUUGCUCGUUGUUAUUUGUGUCGCUACUCAAAUGCAAUUGAUAUGUGGCGUGGGUUGUUCCGUGCGUUCUGUGAAUGUAAACGCGGUUGAAUGGGAUCUGUACAUGCAAAUAGCACAAACGAAUAAAGUAUCAUUGAAUAAC